AGAGAGAGAGAGAGAGAGAGAGAGAGAGACUGCAGAUCCACCGCACCUUCACCAAGGUAAAGCAUGGCAAUGACUGGCCCAAGCUCAUGCUCUUCCAUGAGUAACCACACCAAGGAGCGGGUCACUAUGGCCAAAGUGACCCUGGAGAACUUCUACAGUAACCUCAUCGCCCAGCACGAGGAGCGAGAGAUGAGGCAGCAGAAGCUGGAGAAGGUGAUGGACCAGGAGGGCCUGGCAGAUGAAGAGAAACGUAUCCGGCGUUCCCAGCAUGCGAGGAAAGAGACGGAGUUCCUGCGUCUGAAACGAACUCGGCUGGGUCUGGAGGACUUCGAGUCCCUGAAGGUGAUUGGCCGAGGAGCUUUUGGGGAGGUUCGUCUGGUGCAGAAGAAAGACACGGGUCACGUCUACGCCAUGAAGAUCCUCCGCAAAGCCGACAUGCUGGAGAAAGAACAGGUUGGUCAUAUCCGUGCUGAGCGGGACAUCCUGGUGGAGGCAGACAGCCUGUGGGUGGUCAAAAUGUUCUACAGUUUCCAGGACAAGAUGAACCUCUACCUCAUCAUGGAGUUCCUGCCUGGAGGAGACAUGAUGACUCUGCUGAUGAAGAAGGACACUCUGACAGAAGAAGCCACUCAGUUCUACAUCGCUGAGACGGUUCUGGCCAUCGACUCCAUCCACCAGCUGGGCUUCAUCCACAGAGACAUCAAACCAGACAACCUGCUGCUGGACUCCAGGGGCCAUGUGAAGCUGUCUGACUUCGGGCUGUGUACGGGGCUGAAGAGGGCUCACCGCACCGAGUUCUACAAGAACCUGAACCACAGCCUGCCCAGUGACCUCAGUAAGCAAACAUUUCAGAACAUGAACUCCAAGAGGAAAGCAGAGACCUGGAAGAGGAACAGGAGGCAGCUGGCGUUCUCCACUGUGGGGACUCCAGACUACAUCGCUCCUGAGGUCUUCAUGCAGAACGGAUACAACAAGCUGUGUGAUUGGUGGAGCCUGGGGGUCAUCAUGUAUGAGAUGCUUAUAGGUUACCCUCCGUUCUGCUCGGAGACGCCUCAGGAGACCUACAGGAAGGUGAUGAACUGGAGAGAGACGCUCACCUUCCCUCCAGAAGUGCCGAUAUCUGAGAAGGCCAAAGACCUGAUCCUCAGGUUCUGCUGUGAGGAGGAGCACCGGAUCGGAGCUGCAGGUGUGGAGGAGAUCAAGUCCAAUCCGUUCUUUGAGGGCGUCGACUACGACCACAUCAGGGAGAGACCUGCUGCCAUUCCCAUCGAGAUCAAGAGCAUCGACGACACCUCAAACUUUGAUGAAUUCCCUGAUUCAGAUAUCCUCACACCAACAGUGGCUCCAGUGUCCAACCAGACCGAGGCGGACCUGAAGAACAAAGACUGGGUCUUCAUCAACUACACCUACAAACGAUUCGAAGGCCUGACGGCUCGAGGAGCCAUACCGUCCUACAUGAAGUCAGGCAAGAGAUGAAGACCACCACCAACCAUGAACCAGUGGUCCAGAAACCUCCUGCAGGUGUAAAAAGGAUGAACUCUUUCCAUUCUCUCUGUCUCCCCGAGAGACAGACAGACCAGGAUUUCUGUCUCUCGGGACUCGAUAAAGGGGCUCGACUUCAUCUGUUGCUUUCCAGGAAACUGCUGCCUUUUAUUUCCGCAGGUCUUCACUUUCUCUGAUGCUUCCGAGGGUACUUUUUCUACUUCCUGCUCACACACGAAGACCGAAAAAACUGAAAUCAAAGUGACUGGGAUUCUUUUCCACUUGCCUUUUUUUCACCAGUGGAUGCAGUGGGAUGUCUUAACUUCUGAUACCAGCAUCCAUGACAUUCCCUCACCACCGACCAGGACCAGGACCAGGACCAGGACCAGUCUGUGGGAGAAACAAACCAGGACUUCCACUUUCCAUUUGUCUCAUCGACUCCUACGCUGCAUUAAGUGGUCACUUGAAGUGAGCCGGGCGCUCUGCAGGGAUCCUGUCCACAUGUUCUCCCACUGUGAGGCUUCUCUAAAGUGCUGCUGGCUUCUAAACCUUAUAACCAAAGACUGUGAGCUCUCUCAGUGGUUCUCACUGUUUGUUUCUGCCUGAUUUAUCUGUCACCGUCACUUCUCACAACUUAUAACUGUAGCUGGUAACACUUUAGACCAGGGAACACACGUUUAGCAUUAUUAGCUGCUUAUUAGCAUGCAAAUAAGUCACAUAUUGGCUCUUAAUGAGUCUUUAUUCAGUAGUUAUUAAUGCAUUAUUCUGCAUGGCCUUAUUAUACAACCAGUAAGACAUUAAUCCAUUUAAGGCGGGAAAGCAUUACCGCUUUCUACCAUUAAAACCAGGGGGGCGCUGUUGUGUUAUUCUACCAUUAAAGGCGGGAAAUCGGAUUUGUCGUUUUGUAGUAUUUGUAGUUUUUUCCACCUGUUUUCGGUCUCUUGGCCAAUGAAAUGCAUCAGAAUACAUGUGGGAGUGUCGCAAUGCAUCAUGGGACUUUUCCAGAACUUUGAAAUCAUCACCAAAAUAAGACACAAAAUGACAAAAAAAACACACAAAAAGACAAAAAAUGACUGAAAAAAAGACGCAAAAUGACCAAAAAAGACACACAAUUAGUAAAAAAAGACACAA